AUGAAAACAGCUAUUUCUAGUAUUUCCAGUAUCUCAAAUAAUUGCAGAGCAACAUGUAAAUCCGAAUAAUCGAUUACUCCCCUGAGAGUACCUUGCAAUGGUGGUUCUCAAUAAAAUUGUCUAUCCAAAAAAUCUUAUCAUUGUGAAAAUCUAAUUGAAUCUGUCCUAAUUGAGUAUAAAUAAUUGUGCUCAUGGGUCAUUCGUGAAAUCACACAAAAAUUAGAUUAAAAUCAAGCAAUCUCUAAAAUCAAUACACAAUUGUUCUAAUUUGAAAGAUUUCUCUCUAAGAAAUUGGAUAGUUAUGCAUAAGAAGUAUCAGUUCUUAAGAUGAUUCAUUCAGAGAAUUAAAACAAAAUAAAAUAAUUAAAUGUUACAAAUGAGGAUCUCAAAGAAAAACUGCAAUAAGUCUCAAACAAUCUCAGUGAUCCCCUCCAAACAUGUACUCCCCUAAAAAAGAAACAAAACUAUUCAAUCGAAUUAAUAACCAAACAACCCUUGAGAAAUAAAAGCUAUUCAUUAUAAGUUCCAGGACAUGAUAAAGAGAAUAUUGGUGUAUAUAUGACAAAGAAGGUUUCACUUAAACCUAAAUUUAAAAUCUGA